AUGUCGGAAAACGCGAGUUCUUGCCGGAUCUCUGAAGCACGUGCGGCACUGCGAAGCGCUGGAGUGUCGUUACCUCCUGAUCUUUCCACAGCAAGCAGCACCACUCACAAGUCCGCCAGCUCGACUUCCAAUUCAAACAACCGAGAUGAUGAUGAAGAUACGGGGAGCAGCGGGGGCGGUUUGAGUAGCGGUGCUGCUGCAGGCAUAGUUGUUGCUGUUGGACUCAUGGUGAUCAUGCUCCUUGUGGCUCUGUGGUGGUUUAUGAAGCGGCGCAAGGCCACCCAGGGAGUCAAGAAUACCGACGAGAGCGGGCAGUUGUGGAAUCAGCAGAUUUACAAGGUUCCGGAUACUACAGAAACUUCAGAUGAGGUUGUUGAGAUCCCGAGAAAUGGACUCAGGGGCUGA